CGGUUACUACCCUUGGCAAAACUCUGGCACACCGGGAAACCCGCAAGCCGUCAUGUUCCCGUUCGAUCAAGUCGCCCUUCCAAGUAUCCCUGUUCGAAAGGCGCUGUUGGUGAUCGACUUUCAGAACGACUUCCUCGACCCUCAAGGACCUCUACCAGUCAUCGAACCUCGGGCAUUCGUUGAUCGAACUCUUGAAUUGGCAAAAGAGUUUCGGAGAAAGGACUACGUUGUUUGGGUUUGCACCGAAUUCAAGAAAAAGCGCGUGUUAGGCAGCGAGCAGAUUAUCAUAUCUGAGGAGGACAGCUGGAAGUCGGGCUCAUGUGACAGGGACCUGUGUUCUGAGGAUGCGGUGAGACCCCCGUCUCUCCGGCCGAAUGCACCCGAAUCGGACCCUGAGGCGUUCCUCAGUCAAAGCGGGACUGGGACAGGCUGCGCGCGGUCCGCCUCAGGAUCACAGGUUCCCAGUAAUACCAGACGCUCCUUCGGCCCGCGCGACAUCUCUUUCGUCAAAUCUCACUAUUCCGCAUUCAAGUCAGGCGAACUGCUGCAGCUACUGAGAGGAAAGCUAGUCACCCAGCUAUUCAUAUGUGGCUCGCUCGCUAACAUUGGCGUCUAUGCUACUACCAUCGAUGCCGCAAUGUAUGGCUAUGACAUAACUAUUGUGGAGGAUUGUUGCGGCCACCGCUCCCACCAUAGACUUACCAAUGCCAUUGAAUCUGCCGUGGACUUGACGGGCUGCAAAGUCUUGAAGGCUGAUGUUGUCAUCGAGCGACUCCAGUCCAAGCCGCUUUCAGGUUCAGGUUCAGUCUCAGGCUCAAUACCCUCCGCUGCUACGGACACUUCUCACAAACAGCAGUCUGGCCUUGGUACAAAAUCAUCAGCUUAUCCGUCAAGAAUAAUGGCCCCAGACUCUUCCAGAUUGGACCUACACGAGAGACUAGCUGCGCUUGACAUAAGCUCAUCAAAGAUCAUUCGAGAGGACGAGAUAGGGCAACCGCUCGAAGUUGACCCUGAUGCCCAGCCCUUAAGCCCAGCUGCCCAAGAGGCUUUGAAGGAAGGAUCGCGGGAAGACGCAAAAGGCAAAAUCUCCUUCUCAGACACAUCAUGUCCUGAAAUGAAAGGCGUUCUUGAACCAACAGAUAGGCCAGAGAGAAGUGAUGCGCCCCGAUCCGAGAAAACACUGGCAGCAGCUGGUGUUCGUGCUGCAACCGAAGCCUCGGCCAGUUCAUCAUUGUCAACUGCUACGACCGCCAAUGAGCCGAGGCCAUCAAGCCCCGGCGAAAGUCAGGACGGCGGUCGAGGCCCCAUCUGCGAAGGCGACACGACCAUCAUACACGAUGUAUUGCCGCCGCCCCUGGCUGAUGGCAUAUUCGAGAAACUGAAGGAGGAAAUACAGUGGCGACGGAUGUCGCACCAAGGGGGAGAAGUCCCUCGGCUUGUCGCUGUUCAAGGCGAGGUUGCUGCAGACGGCAGCAUGCCAGUCUAUCGGCAUCCAGCCGAUGAAAGCCCCCCGCUUCUUCCGUUCUCACCGACAGUCCUGGCAAUCAAAGCCGAGAUUGAGAGGCAUCUGGGACACCCGUUGAAUCAUGCCUUGAUUCAACUGUAUCGAGAUGGAAAGGACUACAUCUCUGAGCACAGUGAUAAGACAUUGGAUAUUGUGAAGGGAUCUUUCAUCGCCAAUGUCAGCUUUGGGGCCGAACGAACCAUGGUGUUCAGGACUAAGCGACUAGAUAAGGACCAGUCGUCUCCGUCGCCGUCCCCGUCGGGAGAUGCCAAACGCAGGAUACAACGUGUUCAGCUGCCUCACAACUCACUCUGCCGUAUGGGCCUGACGACUAACAUGCGCUGGCUCCAUGCUAUCAAGCAGGACAAGCGAGCGGAGAGAGAAAAGUCGCCGGCUGAACUAGCCUUCUCGGGGGAGCGGAUAUCUCUCACCUUCAGGAGAAUAGGUACCUUCCUCGAUCGUGAUGGAACACUCAUCUGGGGCCAAGGGGCUACGGGAAAGACAAGGGACGCGGGUCGAGUGGUGGUGAGCGGACAGAGCUCGGAAGCCGUGUCAAUGAUUCGAGCAUUUGGAGCCGAAAACCACGCAACCUCUUUUGACUGGGAAGAACAUUACGGCAAGGGCUUCGAUGUUCUACACAUCACCCAGUCGCCUCGUCUCUUUUAUUCGGGUGACGAUGUCAUCAACAUGCGCGUCCAACUGAUGCUUGCCAAAUAUGGAAUUACUUUCGCCAAGGGCAGGAUGCCGUCGUCCGCUGACCUGACGGACGGGGAUACCCCGGACGCGAAGGAGGCUUCACCCCCUCUCAAAAGGCGACCUAUGAGAUUCGAGGACAACGACGCUGCGAGAUCAACCAUUGAAGGUGAUGUGGCCAUAAUGCUAUAUGUUGAUGCUGUAUAUGGGUGUGGAAAGGGAGACGCCAUUGCUCGCUCGCCCCCAGAGAUAGCACGAGUUUUCACCCGGUUCCAGCAGGGAAUCGACUUGCUCGAUAAGUGGCGCACUUUUGGGACUACAGGAUGUGACGAGAGAACCCAAGCGAGUCGGAAGAUGAAGCAGGAACUGGCGGUCUGGGAUGGGUAUGCCUCGGAGGGCAAAUUUGUUGCUGGUUCGAGAGCAUCGUUGGCCGACUUUGCAGUCUGGCCUGUUUUGCAUACGAUUGUCCAGAAAUUGGGCUUGAGCGUAUUGGAUACAGACGGGACGAGAGCACUCAAAGCCUACUAUGAGGCCUUCCUAGGCCAUGAAAGCGUUUCAAAUGUGCUGGCGGGUAUCUAGUCGGCGAUCGAAAGGCACCGUCCUCAUGAAAUAUAAACCCCAUAAGAUAAUGAAGAAGAAUUGGGUUCGUGGCACAUGUGUGAACUUGCAGGAUAAUAUGGACGGACAACCAGGCAUGGAGCUGUGGAAUUGGUGGGUGAGCAACUUGUCCGGCACGGGGAAAUGACCAUACGCGUCAUCAUAAUAAUGGUUUUCAAGUGUCAGCGCAAGCACGAACAAUCAGGCAAGGGCUCAUCAGUAACGAUGGGCCCUACUGACUGACACGAGAGUUGUAAGCUACAAAAAUCCCGGAACGAUCUGAAAUUCUUUCAUGACACUAGGAUACGGAACCAGAUGA